UGUUGGGACUGGAGGCUAGGCUGCGUUUGUCUGUCUGGGGGAGGUCAGCAUUUUUCAUCCGUAAAGUGGACUGACAGUCUGUACUAAAAGAGCGAGCCAUAGCAGCAAGGAAAAGCAGGCAGCAAACACACAGCAACCACCACCCACGGCAGGGGGGGGCGCCACCCCGACGACCUCUAGCUGAACCUAAAAACGCUGGAUUGCUGGCGGAGGAGGAAGAAUUGACCCGCCCACCACACGCGUAAGCCGAGCGCAGCACAGCAGGCUAGCCUCAGCAAUGAUCCCUCCCUCCCUGCCUUUAGGCCACGCCCACACCAUCUCUCUUCUGUGUUUGGUCUGGAGAAAAACGAGGAGGAGCGAUCAGCGCAACAUCUGGACGUGCGCAAGGAUUUAUGCAUGAAAUCCUAGGCGGGCCCAACUGAAGCAGGUGGAGAGCAAGCAACUGUUCAAUAAAGCAAGCCUUUUCCAUCCAGCAUAGUAUCUUUCUGGUUGCUGUUGCUGAGGUUAAUUAUGGCUGUUUCCAGCCUUGUCCGACAUCGCCCAUUUCUGCACUGUUGGACUUUCAGAUGCCAGAGGAGAUCCUUGAGUUCAUGGAUCCGUGCUACCUCCCAGUGUCAAUUGAAGAAGAAAAUAGCAGAACGAUCGAAUAUGCAAAUAUUCAUGCCUUCCAUACAAUGGGGAGUCAGUCACUUGUCCAAGAGAGGUCUGCAUGCUACCCUGCUUCACCUCCAGGAAGUGAUGCUGACCAGCGAGCGAUAUGGGGUGCAGAGACUGCCUUUUUCUGAAGUUUCUAGUGCUGACUUAUCUUUUUUUGAAAACCUAAUGCCAGGCAGAAUCAUCACAGAUCUAAAUGAACUGAAACUCUUCAAUGUGGACUGGUUGAAGUCUGUGAGAGGCUGCAGUAAAGUGCUGCUGAAGCCACGGACAACAGAGGAAGUAUCUGAGAUUCUCAGGUACUGCAAUGAGAGGAAUUUGGCUGUGAAUCCUCAGGGGGGUAACACUGGCCUCGUUGGGGGCAGCGUCCCUGUCUUUGAUGAGAUCAUUCUCUCCACAGCUCUUAUGAACCAAGUCAACAGCUUCGACAAUGUUUCUGGAAUCCUGGUUUGCCAGGCUGGCUGCAUUUUAGAAAAUCUCAGUCAGUAUCUGGAGCCACUGGAUUUCAUCAUGCCUCUUGACCUUGGAGCAAAGGGAAGCUGCCACAUUGGAGGGAAUGUGGCAACAAAUGCUGGUGGUUUGCGACUCCUGAGGUACGGCUCUCUCCGAGGGACGGUCCUGGGACUAGAAGUGGUGCUGGCUGAUGGCUCCAUUCUGAACUGCUUGACAUCUCUGAGGAAGGACAAUACUGGCUAUGACUUGAAGCAGCUUUUCAUUGGAUCCGAGGGGACCUUGGGGAUCAUUACUGCUGUGUCCAUCCUCUGUCCACGGAAACCCAAGGCUGUGAAUCUGGCAUUUCUUGCUUGUUCAGGUUUCUCUCAGGUCCUGAGAACCUUCACUACCUGCAAGGGCAUGCUAGGAGAGAUCCUGUCUGCAUAUGAGUUCAUGGACAAUGAAUGUAUGAAGCUGAUUGAGAAACAUCUCAAACUGACCAAUCCAGUGGCAGAAAGCCCUUUUUAUGUCUUAAUAGAGACUUCAGGUUCUAAUUCUGCCCAUGAUGAGGAAAAACUGAGCCACUUCCUGGAACAUGUCAUGGCCUCUGAUUUGGUGACAGAUGGAACUCUGGCCUCUGAAGAUAAAAAAAUAAAGGCAUUAUGGGCUUUACGGGAACGGAUCACUGAGGCCCUAACGCAUGAUGGAUUCGUUUACAAAUACGACAUUUCGCUCCCUGUGGAGAGACUUUAUGACCUUGUGACUGACAUGAGGGCACGGCUGGGCAAACGUGCCAAGAAUGUGGUGGGCUAUGGCCAUCUUGGAGAUGGGAACUUGCACCUGAAUGUCACAGCUGAGUCCUAUAAUCAUUCCCUUCUGGAGGCCAUUGAGCCAUAUGUGUAUGAGUGGACAUCCCAGUAUCGUGGAAGUAUCAGCGCAGAGCAUGGGCUGGGAUUCAAGAAGAAGCAUUAUAUCCACUACAGCAAGCCCCAGGAAGCAGUCCUCCUCAUGCAGCAGUUCAAAGCCAUGUUGGACCCCAAAGGGAUUCUCAACCCUUACAAGACAUUACCAAGCAAGUCCGUUUGAUGCUUCCUCACAGGAAAAGGAGUGGGGUUUUGUAUGGAGAUUUUCUAACACAGUAUCAUUCUGUAGCUGUCAACACACUGUGAAGCCAAAGCCUGAGGUUUGCUUUUUUCAGAGCAUAAGAGUGGUCAAGGAGUGGAAUUUUCCUCCCAGUUCCCCCACCCGACCCCAGCAGCCCAUAAGCUCUGAAUUGUCUGAAAAGCAAUGAGCAUUUGUUGCUUUAUGCACUCAGUUUACUAAGGAUCUUCUUAUCUUCCAGGCUUUAGAGCGGUCUCUGUUCUUGAGACUUUGUUUUUAUCUGCACACAAAUAAAUUUGGGGUGCUGUGAAACUCCGUAGAAUGAUCCUGUGGAAAGAAAAACAUCACUUUCAGGAGAAAAUCCCAGGUGGCUUUUCCCUCUCCUCAAUUGCCCAGGCACAAAAUACAACCAACACCUGCAAGAUCCUUGAAGAAAAGAAGAGAGGGUUUUCUGUGCAUUGAUUUGAGAGUGGUAAAUGAACAUUUUACCUUUUUUUCAUGGAAAAAUAAAACAGAAUGGAAAUAUU